AUGGCAAGACAGAAACUGGUGUUUCUUUUUUGCCUCCCGGUGAUCACUUGUUUCUUGGUUCUGUCUCUCGCUCUCUCUACCACCUCCGCUCACGGUUCAUCGUGUUCCGACUACGUGUUCCCGAAUGACAAAGUCUUCGCCUCCUGCAUCGUUCUUCCCUGUCUAGAUUCGUUCCUCCACUGGACGCACAACCCUUCCUCAUCCACUCUCCACAUAGCGUACCGCCACACCCAAGUCAGUUCAUCUACGUGGGUGGCAUGGGGAAUCAAUCCUAUUUCCAUAGGGAUGAUUGGAACGCAGGCCAUCGUAGCCUACCCAAAACCUGAUGGAACCGUGGUUGUCUUCACUUCGCCUAUUAGCCGCUAUGAAAUCCAGCUGCGAGAGGGGAACUUGAGUUUUCCUGUCUCAGAUCUGUCAGCCUCAUAUUUCAACAACGAGAUGAUUAUAUUUGUGGUGAUUGAGCUUCCAGAAAACACUACAAGUGUUAACCAUGUUUGGCAACAUGGACCAGUCUUCGGUAGUAACCUUGGAAUGCAUCAAGUUUCUAGAAAUCAUCUCCAAUCGAUGGGCGCUCUAGACCUUUCAUCUGGACAAGCCUCCACAUCUGCUCAAGUUUCAUCGUGUUCCGACUUUGUGUUCCCAAACGACCAAGUCUUUGCCUCCUGCACCGUUCUUCCCUAUCUAGAUUCGUUCCUCCACUGGACGCACAACGCUUCCUCAUCCACUCUCCACAUAGCUUACCGCCACACCCAAGUCAGUUCAUCUACGUGGGUGGCAUGGGGAAUUAAUCCUAUUUCCAUAGGGAUGAUUGGAACGCAGGCCAUAGUGGCCUACCCAAAACCUGAUGGAACCGUGGUUGUCUUCACUUCGCCUAUUAGCCGCUAUGAAAUCCAGCUGCGAGAGGGGAACUUGAGUUUUCCUGUCUCAGAUCUGUCGGCCUCAUAUUUCCACAAAGAGAUGAUUAUAUUUGUGGUUAUUGAGCUUCCAGAAAACACUACAAGUGUUAACCAUGUUUGGCAACACGGACCAGUCUUCGGUAGUAACCUUGGAAUGCAUCAAGUUGCUAGAAAUCAUCUCCAAUCGAUGGGCGCUCUAGACCUAUCAUCUGGACAAGCCUCCACAUCUGCUCAAGGUUCAUCGUGUUCCGACUUCGUGUUCCCAAACGACAAAGUCUUCGCCUCCUGCACCGUUCUUCCCUAUCUAGAUUCGUUCCUCCACUGGACGCACAACGCUUCCUCAUCCACUCUCCACAUAGCGUACCGCCACACCCAAGUCAGUUCAUCUACAUGGGUGGCAUGGGGAAUCAAUCCUAUUUCCAUAGGGAUGAUUGGAACUCAGGCCAUCGUAGCCUACCUAAAGCCUGAUGGAACCGUGGUUGUCUUCACUUCGCCUAUUAGCCGCUAUGGAACCCAACUACGAGAGGGGAACUUGAGUUUUCCUGUCUCAGAUCUGUCGGCCUCAUAUUUCGACAACGAGAUGAUUAUAUUUGUGGUUACUGAGCUUCCAAAAAACAGUACAAGUGUUAACCAUGUUUGGCAACACGGACCAGUAUCCGGUAGUAACCUUGGAAUGCAUCAAGUUUCUAGAAAUCAUCUCCAAUCGAUGGGCACUCUAGACCUUUCAUCUGGACAGGACAAGCCUCCACAUCUGACAGGGGGAGGAUUUUUGAAAGAAACUAACACGAGAAGAACAACUAGAACCAGAGAAGACAAUAAAGUGUAG